AUGCCAUUCAGAGGAUUUUGGGACUUUCUACAAGAAGAUAAUGAAGAUAAUAUUGAAGAACUUGAGAAAAUGGACAACAAAGGCUACUAUGUUAUUGCUAGCAAACCAGCACCUAACGGGACCUUUGUACAGCAGGUCAAAGAAUCCGUUGAGAGGAACAACCGACAUGGCCUAUCCGAUCCGGGUACCGAAUGCUUUUUCGAUUGGCGCACAUACGGGGUGCCAACCAAGAAAUUAUGGAUACAGUUCAUGAACUUUGGUUUUAAUCUAGACAUCAAUCUUGUGGCGCGGUUUGGCAGAGAUCAUGAUCUUAUGAUACAAGGCCCCUUUAUUAUUUCUCAUUUCGUUGCCGGUAAACACAAGCGCGAGGAUGAGUCGCAGCUAAGGCGAGCCCACCCUUGUUCGGAUGGGAUCUCCAUAUGGCGACCCUUAGGGGGUAAAGUUGGACCGGAAAAUGGAAUGUUCAAGGUUUACCCUGGGUCCCAUAACAUCGAAUCGGAGCAGGAGUUACGGAACAGUGGGUUGCACGCGGAUGAAAUUCACUUGCAUGCUGACCAAAUUCUUAUCACUGCUGGUGGACUUUGGAUUGAAUACAACCAAUCUAAGGGUGGUAUAUUAAUGUGGAUGGGUUAUUCGGAGGAUCUUUGGCGAGCAUGA